CGCCCCGGCUCUCGCUGUGGUACAAAAGAUGGCGGCGAAAACACAGGGCGGCAUCCGCUUCAGCGCGCUUUGUCCGAAGUUCUUGCAUACCAACUCUACCAGUCACACCUGGCCUUUCAGUGCAAUUGCAGAACUUAUAGAUAAUGCUUAUGAUCCAGAUGUGAGUGCUAAACAGAUAUGGAUAGACAAAACGGUGAUAAACGACACUAUAUGCUUGACAUUCACUGAUAAUGGAAAUGGUAUGAACUCAGAGAAGCUGCACAAAAUGCUAAGCUUUGGCUUCAGCGAGAAGUCUGUGAUGAAUGGCCGUGUUCCGGUAGGACUGUAUGGAAAUGGGUUUAAGUCAGGGUCAAUGCGCCUCGGAAAAGAUGCAAUAGUCUUCACCAAGAAUGGAGAAACCAUGAGUGUGGGCUUGUUAUCUCAGACUUUCCUUGAAGUCACAAAAGCAGAACAUGUCAUGGUUCCUAUAGUGACAUUUAACAACCAUCGACAGAUAAGUGAUCCAGCAGAAUCCAAAAGCAGCCUGAAAGCCAUCUUAACAUAUUCUUUAUUUUCUACUGAGGAGAAAUUACUAGCAGAGCUAGAUGCUAUAAUAGGGAAAAAAGGAACAAGAAUUAUCAUUUGGAAUCUUAGAAGAGAUAAAAAUGAAAAAACGGAGUUUGACUUUGACAAGGAUAAAUACGACAUCAGAAUUCCAGAAGACUUAGAUGAAACGGGCAAAAGAGGAUAUAAAAAACAAGAGAGACUGGACCAGAUUGUUCCAGAAAGUGACUACUCAUUGAGAGCUUAUUGCAGUAUUUUGUAUCUGAAGCCAGCAACACAGAUCAUUCUACGAGGACAGAAAGUGAAAACACAGCUGGUGUCCAAAAGCCUUGCCUUCAUUGAAAGUGAUAUAUAUAGGCCAAAAUUUCUGAAUGGUAAAAUGGUAAGAAUUACUUUUGGAUUUAACUGCAGAAACAAGGAUCAUUAUGGAAUAAUGAUGUACCAUAAAAACAGACUUAUCAAAGCUUAUGAAAGAGUUGGCUGUCAGUUAAAGGCAAACAACAUGGGUGUUGGUGUAGUUGGGAUCAUUGAAUGCAACUUUCUAAAACCAACUCAUAACAAACAAGAUUUUGACUACACAAAUGAAUACAGACUUACAAUAGCAGCAUUAGGAGAGAAGCUUAAUGAUUACUGGAACGAAAUGAAAACAAAGGCAAAUGGAGAAUACCCAUUAGCUUUGCCAGUUGAGGAGAUACAAAAACAGCCUGAUCAGACAUGGGUACAAUGUGAUUCAUGUCUGAAAUGGCGGAAGCUGCCAGAUGGAAUAGAGCAUUUGCCAGAAAAGUGGUUCUGCUCACUGAACCCUGACCCACAAUUCCGGAAUUGUAACGUGCCAGAAGAACCAGAAGAUGAUGACUUAAUACAUCCUACAUAUGAGAAAACUUACAAGAAAAAAGACAGGGAAAAACUGAAGAAGCGGCUAGAGCUCAGCCACCAGGGCAAUAAUGAAGUGUUUGUAAAAACACCUCUUUCUUCAAGUAAAGACUUCAGAACAUUCUCAGCUGUGAGUGGAAAGGAAGCUGUUCUAAGAACACCUCUACCAGAAACAUCAAAUGCUUCUGUCAAAAGACCUCUGCUUACUUUAAAUAGAUCAGUAUCUUCACCUCAUACUGAUUCUGAUAACAGUCUUAAACGGAAGACACCUGCUUGCGUUACACCUGUGUCUUUAAAGACACCUCGAUUAAAUGACAAAACAUUCAACAACCAUGAUGAUGAUGUCAUUAUUUUAGAGGAGAGCAGUACUCCAAAGCCGUCAGCAGAUUCUGAUAUUCCUGUAGUAAAAACUGAAUGUAUUAAUUUGGAUCAAGAAGUGAAGCAGAAAGAAAACUGUGACAUUGGAGAACCUUGCAGUGCAUCUACUUCAGAAUCAAAAGGUGAACAGUUGACCUCAUCGACACAGACAGAGCUCCCAAAAUUAGUUGUUAAAAAGGAAGAGGUGGAAGAUGACAUUGCUAUUCAAGUUCCCAAUGCAGAGGUGGAAACUAAAGAGCACAAAGUUAAUGCUGUUUCCGAGACAUCUGUAGGUCUUGGAAAUGAACUAAAAAAUCAGCUGCAAUUAUUAAGCAAAGAAAAAGAAAUGUACCAAAACAAGUGUGAAGUAUUAACCAAACAAGUAGAAACACUGGAACAGAGGAUUUUUGAACUGAAUAAUAAGUAUGUAAAAAAAGAAAUGUGCCAUCAGUCCACUGAGACAGUUCCUUCAUUUAAAGAAGAAAGUGGUUGUGAAAGAAGUUUAUCAGAAGUGACCAUUCGGUAUGAACAGGCCUUAGAAGAAAUAGCAAAACUGAAGGAACAAUGUAGUACCCUGCAGAACUUAAAAACUGGAUGUUCAGAUAGUGAAAACAGGAGCGAGGUAGAUGAAAUUGCUGUGCAACUGGACGAUGUUUUCAGGCAACUGGACAAGUGCAGCAUUGAGAGAGACAGAUAUAAAAGCGAGGUUGAACUACUAGAAGUGGAAAAAAAUCAGUUUGCCUGUCAGUGUGAAGAACUGAAAGCAGAAAUCGCACAGUUAAAAGCUUCAAUUCCACAAGCCGUAGCACGUGCAAAUGAUUCUACCACCAGUAAUGUAGAAGACUCUGUAAAUUUUUCUGAUGGAGAAAGUUUGGAUUGCACCGUAGAAUGCCCCACUGACACUUCUUAAAAUAUCACAAAUGUUAAAUAAUUUCGUGACGCAACUUGCAGAGAAGAAGAGAGAAAGGAGGCAGGAAGGAGGGUGAUCAUUACCUUAUGCUGUGUAGAUGAACUUCACUUUUAUGUUCUGUUUUUCUUUCUUGAUCAAUAGUAAUGUACUGAAAAGAAUUUGGGAAUUGUUUUGAAACUUACUUUUUCCUUUUCCAUAAGGACUUCUAACUGCAAACCAAUUCUCUGGAACUAGUUUGUGUCCAAAGUGUAUCUUUGAACCAGACAAGGGUUUAAACUCAUUUUUAAGAGAGCUGGGAGCUCUUGGUUAGUAGAAAUAGCAAACACACAAAAGAAGUACAUGAAACAGAUGGAAGCAUGGAUGAGCAGACCAGCAGGAAUAUACGUACGCUGCCUGUGCAGGUAGGAUGGAAUUCAAAGCAAAGACAAGGCCUGGGAAGGGCAACCAGAAGGGCUUCUGUAAGCAUAGAAGCAGCAAUGGGAGAACAGUGUGGACCUGCUGCUCAGUGGGGCAGGUGCUUAGUGGCAAAGGACAUCAGGUGCAUGAGGCACAAGCUACUGAGGUAAUCAGUGUCUUCUUUAUCUUGGUUUUUACUGGUAAGGUCUGCCCUCUGCUUGCUGAGGUCCCUGCACCAAGUGAUAAUCUUAGGGAGUGAAGCAUUACCUGUAAUAAAAGGUGACUGAAUUAAGGGACCAUUUAAGCAAAUUCAGUAUACAGAAGUUCAUAGUAGCAGAUGAGAUGUACCAGAGGGAGCUGAUGAGUGGGUGGAGAGCUGGCCUUGUGCUGAUAUCUCCAAAAAGUGGUGACGGUUGGAUGUUCCUGAUGCCUGGAAAAAUGCAGUUGUCCUGCCUGUAUUUUGACAUGCAGAUCUACAAGAUGGUCAGUAUAGCCUCAGCUCCUGGGAAGACUGGAGCAAAUCUACCUUGGAAGCUGCCUGCAGCCCCAUGAUAGUCAAGGUGAUUAGGAACAACCAGCAUGGAUUUACUGAGGGCAUAUUAUGACUUUGCAGCCUCAUUGCUGUUCACAGUGACAUGACCACCUCUGUAGACCUUCAUUUUAGGAAAGCUUUCAGUGUGAGCUGCCAUAAUGCCAUGCUAGAAAAGUUUGUGAGGUAUGGUUUUAGUUAGAUAAACUAGGAGGUGAGUUGUAAAAUUGGCUGGACUGCUGAGUUCAUGGAUCAAUAUCAAGGCCAGUGAUUAUUAAUGGCCUAGAUGAGGGAGCAAAAUUAACUCAGUAAAUUCACAAUGGCAUCAAAUUGUAAGGAGUGAUUGAUAUGUAAGGCUGCAGCUGAGGGACCUUGACAAAUUGGAAAGCUGGGCUGAAAGAAUUCUCCAAGAAAUUCAACACUGGCAGCUGUGAAGCUCUGCACCUGUGUUGGAAAUACCCCAUGCAUCUGAACAAGCUAGAGACUGCCUGUAGGAAAGCAACUUGGAAGAAGAUGACCUGUGAUGCUAGUAACUAGAAGUUCAAUGUGAGUCAGCAGUGCAGUCUUGUGGUGGGAGAUCCGAGUGCCUACUGGGCUAUAUUGGCAAGAGUUAAGCCAGCAGUUUGAGGGAAGUGACUCUUCCCUACUGUUGGGCACUGUGGGACCAAACUGGGCACAGUAUUCCCUGUUUUGGGCUCCCUGAAAUAUGAAUGGCACUGGCAUAUCUACUGAAGGGCCACCAAGAUGGGUAAGGGUCUGGAGCAUAUUAUAAAGAGGAGAAAGCUGAGGGAAAUAGCCUUACACAGAGUAGGUUACCUUGAAAUCCUAUUGCUCUUUGCUGCUUCAUGAGGGGAUACAGAAAAGAUGAAGCUAGCCUUUUCUCAGUGAUAGGAUGAGAGGCAACAGACACAAUAUGCGAUAAGGGAAAUCCUAUUCAAAUAUUUGAGAAUAAAAAGUGUUAACAGCAAGGGUAGUCAAAUCCAGAAAAAGGGGCCCAGGAAGAUUGUGAAAUCUCCGUAUUUGGAUCUUUUCAAAACACAAGGAGGUCCUAAGCAACCUGAUCUGAGUUAGCCCUGCUUUGAAUGUAUGCUGGGGGGGAAUGGACUGGGCAUUUUCCACACUGUCCUUUAGAUCUUAUUUUUUAUUAUGAGCAAAUAAAUAUCCCCUUUAUCUGCCAGCAUUUCAUUUUCUUCGUAAAGCAUUUGACUUGUGCUUCCUGAAAGAGUUAGUAAAUACAUGUAGGACUUAUAAGCAGCUUCCACCACAAGUCCUAUUGGGGAUAAGACUGGCUGCUGGAGGUGAUUGAAGAACUGGUGGUAGAAGGGAAUGCUCAAGGUGAUUUGGAAGCAAUUCAGUGAGGAAAAGGACAGAACAAGGGGAUCCAGAAGAUAAAGCAGGAAGAGGAAACAUAACAUUUUAGCUGUACUGUAACUCUUACCUUAUCUCUUCUUUCUUUUAAAGUCUUUUAACAAACUACUCUUACUUGCUACUUUCUUCUUUUUCUCUUGUUCCCAUAGGGGAUAGUAGUUUGUGCUUCUACAUGUAUAAAGUUACUGGGGUUUUUAUGUUGUUUUGAGAAAUAAAAAGGUGUUGUGGAAUAAAGGAUUGUGCCAGUGCUUUUUUGCUAACUUAAAUAAAACCAUUCAGAAAUACGUCUGAUUAUUUUUGGGAAAGGUAAAAUUCAGUUUCACCUUUAGUAUUUGUUUGAAACUAAGGGAAUAGAGACCUUCAAAAUUAAAACUAAAGAGGCUCAGCUUUGAAAAACUGAUAGAUUUUGAGAUUAUCUUGAGGCAGCUUUAACUGCAUCACUUUUUUGUUGGUUUAUGAAAUUCAGGUAUGGAGCUGUUCCACUAUAGAGUAUUAAUCCAGCUUUGUUUAAAAAGGUACUCUAUUUGAACAUAAAACUACAUUUAAUCAUAUCUAAUUAUUUCUUCACAGCCUGAAACUACGUUCUCUUCGAGUCAAUGUUGGACAGCUUCUGGCUACGAUCAUGCCUGAUCUAGACUUGCAGCAAGUCAAUUACGAUAUUGAUGUAGUAGAUGAAAUUUUAGGACAAGUUGUAGAACAAAUGCAU